UGGGGCUCGAGAGCAGAAGAACGCGGCGACGAAAACCAACCGAACCGAAGACACGACGGAUUCAAAUCCCUUAUGACACUUACCGAGGGCACGUAAGGUCGAUGUUGGGUCGCGGUGUGAAGCGGAAGUGGAGCUGCCUGGAGGAGCUGGAGGCCGAGGCCCGCCCUGCUGCUGCAGAGAAGGAGAGGGAUGGGGAGGAAGGUCAGGGAGAUGAGGACGGGUUCCUCGUGGGUCCAUCCAAAUCCGCCAUGAACCACCUGCAGCAGCGGCAGCUCGUGCUCGGCCUCUGCAUGGAGAAGCUCCAGAGCUACCAGGCCGGCAUGGAGCUCAGCCUGCGACGCUCCGUGCUUCUCAUCAACACGCUCCGGCAGAUCCAGGAGGACAUGCAGAGCGACGGGACGGGGACAUCGGAGACGCUCCUCAACCACACAGACUCUUGCCUUCUCAGGGAGGACAUGCAGGUUACGUGCCCUGGGUGUACAGAGGAGGAUGGGGACAGCCUUUCUCCACCGCUGUCCCCUGAGUUUCCUUCCCAAGAGGCAAACAGCUCGCCAGACCAGCAGAAAUCACUUCCUGCUGCAGCGAUUAAUACUUUUAGUGAUGCAGUAAACGCCAUGGGCUACCUCAGCGACCUCGCCCUGGACGACAUCUUCGAGGACAUUGACACAUCAAUGUAUGAGACUUCAGAACUGCCUUCGGCCUGGUCGGCGGGCUCCCUGUGGCCCAUCAGUGUGUCGCUGUGGACAGACGAAGACGUGAAAAUGCGUCCUCCUAGCCUCCCAUCGGCUGGGAGUCUCCAGUCGCGUCUGAUGGACCUGAACGAGCUGGACCACAUCAUGGAGAUUCUGGUAAAGUCCUGAUCAGCAAGAUGAACUCCUGAACAUUUACUGCACACAGUCAAAGAGUCUGAUCGCAGCUGAGGACCUGACCUUCAAUUUUUAAGGCACCGCCUGAUAUUUGGGUUGAAAAGGCGAUUUAAGCUUCAACUGGAUUCAGUUCAUUCCUAUGCAAAUAACUCUUCUAUGAAAAUCCAUCCAAAAUCUUAAGUUAUUUGCAUGAACAUGAAUAUUUAUAACAAUAGAUGGAGAAACCAUUUUAAAUAUGUUUAGGAAACACACACUUUUACAUUGUCUUGGUUGCUAUAACUCAGGUUGCCAAACACUUGACGGCACCUACAGGUUUUUCUAGAAGUCUCAUUGGAAUUAAAUAUAGGAAAACUUAAGCUAUCAAAUAAUAUGGUUGACAUUCAACAAGUAAAUGUUAUUUCAAACA